AUGUUCACAGAAGUUUUUCAGUUGAUCACCGAUGAUUUAAGCAUACCAUUGAAAAAGCUGACUGAUGAUCGUGCAAAUUCACAUAGUUUAGUUGAGCAUUUGAAGGCUAGUGCAAAUGAAUACUGGAAUAUUGCUGUUGAAUAUGAAUAUGCGAGAAAACAUGAAUGGAUUAGUGUGAAACAGUUAAAACGAACAGAAUUGAUGAGUUUCGACGAUGAGAAACUAGCAAAUCAUCAGCACUAUUAUGCAAUUAUUGCAUAUGAAUAUUACAGAGCUGCAUUAAGAGAAUUCAAAGCAAUAGCUUGUAAAGAGAAACUUGUCGAAGAAGCUGAAUUGAAUAAGUGCAUUGCUCUUUCGCUAUCCAUGGCAGGGGCUAGUCGACAGUUCGAAGUUCAAAUAUAUGCCAUUAUUGGCAUUUAUUUGUUAGUAGCAAAUGACAAAGAUUGCUUUUGUCGCGAAAGUUUCGAAACACUGCAAAAGCUUUUACAAAAAAUCUGUUGGACAAAAACAUCUCCAUCCACAGCUUCAGUCAACACUGGUCAAAUCGAAAAAGAUAAAUCAACGUUGAAUAAAGCGGUGAUGGCUUACAGCCAGGGUUCUAUUACAUUACAACAGUUUCAAAGUGCGCUUUCCUCCGAAUUACGAUUUACUAUUUUCAACAAAUAUUCGCCUUCAGGCAUGACAGAAAUAGAAGAAAUCAUGAGACCGAGCAGUGUAUCUAGCAGUGUUGGCAUUGGUGUUUUAUAUCUUAUUGGCGAUAUUUUAUUAGGACAUGAAUUUUAUCAUAAAAAACAACCAGAUUUAGAAAAGUCUCAAAUUCGAGAAGUUCUAAAUAAAAUUAUGAACAAUGCCCUCGACUAUUACAGUAAAGGACAAUAUAGUAACUUUCUACAUUCUUUAACGACUUCGUAUUCUGUGAGGAAAAUAUUAAUCGGAAUAAAACAAAUACAACAUGGUAAUAAAUAUAAGAUAUCUCUUGACAUUCGGCCUGCAAUAAUCGUAAGCGAACUUUUAGGUUAUAAAUUUUCACCUGAAGGUAUUGCCAACUUUCUAAUUUUGCUUGGUGAAGUUUUACUUAGUGUACCUGAGUUGAAACCAAAACAAAAGUUGCCUGCUGACAUAUGUUUAGAGUUACCGAACUAUUUUGAUUUCAUACAUUGCGCAACAUUACUAUUUGAUGAAGUCUCAAAAAAUACGCAGCUGACAGAAGAAGUGAACAAUUUUGAAGGUAAAGUUAAAUUAGAUCUUUUACUUAAGAAAAAAAAUCACAUUGAAUAUCUUGAGAAAACCUCGUCAAAUCAUACUUAUUCUAUGUCAAACAGCUAUAUUAAAGAAAAAUCAAAGAUAUCUGCCAUUGCUCGUUUAAAAGAACUGAGAAUUGUUGCAAAAGUUAAUUAUGUCAUUGCUAAAUUAAUAGCCGGAGGCGCAGAGAAUUUACAACACAGUGUCAAUAUGAUUAAAAGUGUUAAACAAGAAUUAGAAGAAAACUUGACAGAAGAUAAAAUGUUUGUCGUAGCUGAAAUUCGUCUUCAAGCAUUAACAGAUAUUUUAUCUACAUUUGGCUUUAUUGACCAUAUAUCGUCUGCUAGCAUUGAAGUAAUUUUUCCUCAUGAGAAAUCUGUACAAUUAGCAAGUGAUGUUGAUAUAAAAAAUAUCGACAAAUUUGUAACUGACGACGGAAAAUUUUCACAUUGUGAACCAGUCGUUUUAUUAGAUGACGACGAAAUUGACGACUUUCUAUUGUUGGAUGAAGUUGUAGGUCGAAGUCUAAUAUUAAAUAAAACAAAAUUUAUUAAAAACGUUUGUGGUAGCUAUUACAAUAAUGUCGAACCACUAAAAUCUUGGAUAACAGAAAUAAUAAGCAAAGAAAAUCUUUUGAGCAUCAAAGAAUGGAAAAGUUCGUUUUUAGAACGAAAAUAUUCAUUGACAUUUCAAUAUUUACCGUUUUUAUCUGUAAUGUACAACCUAAUAUUUCAACCGUGUACUGUUCAAUCGCAUCCUCAACAUAAACUUGUAUUUGCUCCCACUAAAGAAAUGAUAGAUUUUUCCAAAGGCUCAGCAAAAAUUUCUAUUUAUGUUCUAACGGAAAAAAAGAAUGAUUCUGGAUAUGCUAGAGAGAUAAAAGGCUUUUUUGUAGCCUGCGACGUUUCGUUAAGUUAUAUUUAUAAUCAAUUGGAAUCUACUAGUGAUCGAAAACUCAAAGUUGAUUUGCUAAAUCAAAUUGCAUUUUAUCAUCGGUGCCAAGCCGAAAAACUCGAUAAAACGCAUCAUUUAGACUCAUUACAACAAUGGAGCCGUGCGCAGAAAUUUUAUAAUGAGUCAUUGACGCUUAAUAGCAGUCACUUAUUAGCAAUGUUAGGCUAUGCUACCUGUUUGAUAAAGUUAAAUAAAUACACAUUAGCUGAGAAAUUUCUAGUAGAAAAUGCUGAAAGAAAAGCAUAUUUUUGUGAUUCUCCAGAAAGAUGGUUUCUAGUAGGUGUUUUAAAACGUAAAUUACAGAAAUAUGACGAAGCGAAAGAUGCUAUUGAAAAAGCGUGCUGUUUGAAAAAAGAUUAUGUCGAAGCAAAACAUGAAUUAGACUUGAUAUUGAAAUUAAAAAAAGAUACAGUUACAGAACGAAUUAAACUUUACAAAAAAAUGAGCUUAGCUCAUGCCGAACCUAAUACCCAACAAUAUAAUAUUCUUUCUAUUGAUGGUGGUGGUAUAAGAGGGUUGAUACCAGCCAUGUGGAUAAGUGAAUUAGAACGAAGAACUGGAAUGUCUAGCAGUUCAAUGUUCCAUAUGAUGGCUGGAACGUCAACAGGAGCAAUUGUAACUGCUUGUCUUUCGUUACCAGAUACACCCGGUAUCAGACAACCUCGUUAUAAAGCUGUAGAUAUCGUUAAAUUGUACAGAUCCCAUUCUGAGAAGGUCUUUACUCGUGCAACACGCAUGCAAAGUCUAUUUGGUCUUAAGCAUGCAUAUCUCGAAGAAGAAAAAAAGACUUUGUUUAGUGAUUAUUUGGGUGAUGCCCGGCUAUCGCAAACACUUAAUGACCUUAUCAUAACGGCAGUUAACUCCGGUAACACUACUACAGAAUUAUUUCGUCGAAGUGAUAGCCUAGCUGAUCCUAGUAGAGAUCAUAAACUUAGUGAUAUUCUCAUGUGCACAACAGCUGCACCUACCUAUUUUCCACCUUACAAAAUGAACGAUUCUGUCUUUGUCGAUGGUGGAGUCCAAGCAAAUAAUCCAGCAAUGAUUGCAUACUCUGAAGCAUGCGCUAAGAAAAUCAAUCGUGAUAAUAUUUUUCUUUUAUCUCUUGGUACUGGUGAUUAUGUGCCAGAUCCAUUGCGUCCGAGUGCUGAGCGAAGUCUUUUAUUUUGGGCAUAUAAUAAUUCUAAUGUUUUAAAAGUCAUUUUUGAUGGUCCGCAAAAUAACAUUGAUUGUCAAUUGAGUAAUAUGUUAGAUAAUGAUAAAUAUCAUCGAUGGCAAAUUUGGCUUGAAAAGCCAAUUGUACUUGAUGAUAUACGAAAAGAAACAUUGGAUCAUCUGACAGAACUUGCUCAUGCCCAUUUUGAAGAAAUGGACGCUUUUGAUGACAAUAAUCGAUUAGGUAAACUUAUCGAACGAUUAAAAAAUCAUUAG